GGUGAAACGUACAGAUAACUCGAAGAAAAACACCAGCUUGUCUUGUCUUGAGUUGUUCCACUUGAAACACAAAAGAGUAAUAACAAUAUGGCGCUCCCAAACGGAAAUAUGGAGAUCGUCUUCUCGUUUGACACGACCGGGAGCAUGUCCAGUUAUCUGGCGGAAGUCAGAGGACGCGUGUCUGACAUGGUACAGCGCCUCCAAGCGGACAUUCCGGGCAUCAAAGUCAGCCUGUUUGCGCAUGGAGAUUACUGCGACGCUCACACCUCGUACGUCACAAAGUUCGUGGACCUCACGAAUGACCUGCCUAAACUGGUUGACUUCGCACAGACCGUCGGCUCCACGGGCGGUGGAGACUCGGACGAGUGCUACGAGCUCGUUCUGCACGAGGUUCGAACCAAGCUGUCCUGGACGCCCGGCACACAGCGGGCUCUUGUCAUGAUCGGUGACUGCAAUCCGCACGAGCCAUCCUACAAGCAGAACACAUUGAAGCUUGACUGGAGGAAGGAGGCUGACGCCUUGGGGAAGAUGGGGGUUCGAAUAUACGCUGUCCAGUGCGGCUCAUAUUCAACAUCUGAUAAGUUCUACUCGGAUAUUGCGCGCCGAACUGACGGCCAGCAUCUAAAGCUUAGUGACUUUACAAAUGUAUUCGACAUGCUGAUGACCGUCUGCUACAGAGAGAAGGGAGAUGAUCUGUUCCAUGCCUACGAGAAAGAAGUAAGGGGACGCGGAGCCAUUCACAAAGAUAUGGACGACAUGUUUGAUAAUCUUCGAGACAAAACACCAGUGGCCUCAACUGCUUUGAGCGUGGCGGCAGCUCCGAAACUCACAAAGAUCAGUUCUAAACCGAAAGCAGUUAAGCUCACCAAAACGGUGAAAGCAAAGAAAUCUUUUUCAAAAGUACGCAGCGCUAAGGUCGCAAAGGGCGAAAAAGCUCUCACAAAACAGCCGCUUUCUGUCGCAUUGAGGAAGUACUUCGUCGCAAACAUGCCAAGACUGCGUCGUGAGAAUGUCCCAGAAUGCAACUUUAUGUUGAAAAACCUGCGCUGGUCUUCAUGGCAACAUGUCAUUUCGCCUGUUAAUAAAGACACCAUCUCACGCACCCGCCGCGGUCUGGGGUGCGGAUACAGAGUUCCGCGGAUAUUCGGUGGAACAACAAAAGUCCCAGCCCUGUACGAAGUCGCUGUUCAGAUAAAACAGCGGUCGCGAAAAUAUGUUGUUUUCAGCAAGUUCAGUGGUCGCGGCUUCUCCGGAAAAGUCAGCUGGGAGAAGCAGCUUUUUGGAAAGAAAGACCUCAAGGCACAGCUCGACAAUGUGGUCCAAAAGAAUUGCAACAUCUUCGUACGAAGGGCCGUCGUGAAAACCACCAAAUCACUUGAUGAGAUUGAGCAUGCGCGGAAGAGAUACGAUUAUGCUUGGCAGAAAAUCUGUAAUACACGCAACGGGCAUAGACAUGUGAUUAAGACAAAUAUUGACAUCUCUGAGUCAAUGGAAUCAUGAAUACACAUAACUGACAAUAUUUAAAAUAAAAACUCAUGCGAAUAUGUAAAAAAGAGAUAUUAAUGUAAAUGACGACAAAUAGUUAUACCCGUAGUUAAGUUUGUUUCAGUAGUUAGGUGCGCACGCCAUGCAUUAUGUACUCUGUUAUAUGCUUCUGAAAUCCUUUGAAGUUAUUUGUUAUACUUACGGUAUUGAUAGAAAUGUUAAUAUUUGUGUUUAUUUCAUUUUGUUACAUGUCGUUUCUUAUAGAAAUUUUAAGCCCCUUAUAUUGUUCAAUAAUUGUACAUAAUAAUAUACAUAUUUCUGUUAAUGUCGAUGUUUUAAAUAAACAAAACAACUCAAAUUUAACAUUUUUAAUGAAUUAUGUUCACGGGAAACGGGAAGAAAGAUAUACUAGUAUAUUAUAGGAGGUCAUUCUUGCAGUGUCAUUCCAAACCUUUACUGGAUUUCCUCCCUUGACUAAAGAGGUUGAUAUCAUUUUCAUUCUCUUGUAUGAUGGUUACAUUACAUUCAUAUAUGUGAGAGCCUGGAACGACAACUAUGCAUGGAGAUUAUAUCACGCCAACUACAAAAUACUCUUCUCUCAUUGGCUG